UGUUCGUGCGUCACGUCUUGCGGAAGUAAACAAUCCUCAGCUGACGUGGAGCAGCAGACGGACUGAACUAACCAGACCCGACUCAACUGGUUUAGGGAAACAUUUGUCGUACCAGUCUCUGUCUUGUUGUGUUAUAAGUUAAACUGUGUCUGUCGGCGUCGCCUGGACUCCUGGAAUAACUGACGGUCCGUGUUAGAAGCUUCUCUGUGCGGCAAGAUGGCGGCAGCUGAGGAGGCCAGCAAGCCGUUCGCCGGGCUGUCCGACGUCUCUAUCUCGGAGGACAUCCCGGUGGAGGGGGACAUCUCUGUGCCCGUCGGGUCGUCUAGGAGAGACGAUGAGUUCUCCACGCUGGACGAGCCGGUGAAGGAGACCAUCCUGCGGGACCUGCGGGCGGUGGGGAAUAAGUUUGUCCACGUGCUGUACCCGAAGCGGAGCUCGGCUUUGCUGCGGGACUGGGACCUGUGGGGUCCGCUGCUGCUCUGCGUGACGCUGGCCUUGCUGCUGCAGGGCGGCGCGGCCGACAGCGACGACCAGGGAGGGCCGCAGUUCGCUGAGGUCUUUGUCAUCGUCUGGUUCGGCUCCAUCAUCAUCACCCUCAACUCUAAGCUGCUGGGCGGCACAAUCUCCUUCUUCCAGAGCCUAUGUGUGUUGGGAUACUGCAUCAUGCCUCUGACAGUGGCCAUGGUCGUGUGCCGGAUUGUUUUGAUGGGCGGCUCGGGGGCGGUCAGCUUCGCCGUGCGGCUGGCAGUGGUGACAGUGUCCUUUGGCUGGUCCACAUUUGCCUCCACGGCCUUCCUUGCAGACAGCCAGCCUCCCAACCGUAAGGCGCUGGUGGUGUACCCUGUGUUCCUCUUCUACUUCGUAAUCGGGUGGAUGAUCCUGACGUUCUCGCCCUCACAGUAGAGGAGAAACAAAAGGGGACUGGAUUUGAGUUGAAUUGAUGAAGAUGAGGGAGGUUUUAACAGAGUGAAAGAACUCAAAACAACCACCAGAAUCUGCCUUUGAAUGAGGAUGAACGACUACUGAAGAGACCGAGUGUUUCUGAGCCCCUGAAACAGCAUUUAGACUCAUGGGACACCAAAGUUACUCCUUCAGCAGAAGCAGUGGCUCGCACUCAGAUGCAAAGAAGUCGAGUCGAGACCGUUCUGCAGAUGGAGUGUGAAAAAGCUGAUGAAUAUGUUUGGAUUUUUCCAGUUUGUCUCCUAAAAUAUGUUUACGAGCUGUGUAAAAUAAAAUCCAUAGGCUUGUAUAUAGAAAUACUCUGAAUGUUUAAACUACCAGGGCUACAAUUAUUUUUCUUUUCCCUCUUGGUCACUCUGGGUGUUAUGCCUCAUAUGGCCUCAAAGAUUGGUGCAAAAAUAGACUGACAGCUUAGAUUUACACACUACAUUCUGCAUUUGUAGAUAAUUAUCUGAUGCUUUUACAAAGCUUGACCAAGUUUCCGAACCGUUGAGCUGUUGUUGAGCAACUGUAGUGUUUGGCUCCAAUCACUCCUUUUCAGCAUUUUUAUUUUAGUAUUUUAGGGGCGUUUUUGUUUUUAUUUGACAGAUGACAGAUGGUUCUCAGCCACACCCAAACCUGGGACAUCUCUGUUCAUGCUCUACUCCUUAAAUCCCUCCCGACCACCAGAGCAUUCCCAAACCAGUGUUUUAAAUCAGCCAAUGGAGAGAGAGGGCUCUCUGAUUGACUGUUGUCCAUUCAAAAGAAUAGGGAAAUACGCUUAUUCGCUGUCUUACCAAGAGAGAAAAGUGAUACUGGGGUUGCAACUAAUGAUUUUUUAAUGGCAGAAAAUAUUGAAAAAUCCCUGUUACAAUAUCCCACAAACCAAUGUCUUUAAUGUCUUGAUGUCUUUAAGUUUCUUGUUUUAUACAGUAAAAUGGGACGGGUGUAAUGUAUUGAAGAAAAGUAUCAAAUCCUCUCAUUUGAGACUGAGCAAAUGUUUUGGUGUUUUUGCUCAAAAAACAAAUAAAUGAUUAAUCAGUCGUCAAAAUAUCUGUUUGACAGAUUUAAUAAUCUAGACCUGCAAUGAUUUGUCAACUUAAAAACUUUAUCUGCUAUUAUUAUUUUUUUAUCACUCUAAACGUAAUCUCUUUGGGUUUUGGAUUGUUGCUCGAACGAAACAAAAUUUUUAAAGAUGUUAACAAGGACUCUGGGAAAAUAUAGCAAGCGAAGUGAGUUUCUGCACAGGCUGAUACAUUCACACCUAUUUGUUGUCCCUCUCUGAUGUGGGCAGAUUACAAAACACACAGACUAUCAUUUGGGGCCUAAUCGUGUUGUCUGGUUGUUUUUGCCUCCAACUUUUCUUCUCCCAGAGGUAAAACACCACAGACUGACCACACCACAGCUCCGCAAAGCAAAACUUUACAGUGCCAGGUGCAACAAUUCUCAGCUUCACCAUUUAAAUUGACUCACAGUGGAGUGAACAUAGUAGUAAUAUAACUAAAGACCACUGACUUGUUGUGUCCUCGUCCGUCUCUGCUGGCAGAACCACUGCCCACAUCCCUGCUCAGAUGCUUUUUCAGUGAUUGAAGUACAGUUAUGACAUGAGACAAAGUAGUAAUUCAGCCUCAUUAUCAGGAUGGUUAUAUCCUCUAAUGCAGGCACGCCGCACAGUGGCAGUCAGCUGUUUGUUCCUGUGUUGUGUUCAAGUGCGACUUUCACCAUGUCAGCCUUUGUCUGUGCUUCUCCUGUGAGGUCAACUUGGUGUGUCGGGGUCCUUACAUUGUAAAAAGUAGAGAAGAAGCUCAAACCUCUUGGCUGCAGUAAAAGAGAGUUAUAAUCACAGUAGUGACAGUAGUCAGUACUAAAUAUCUAGCUAGUUAGACUGGUUUAUGUGUCUUUUUCCUGUAGAUAGCAAAAUAUUUAAGCCAUUAAAAACAGCAGCAGACAACAGGUUUUAGCUGUCAAAAUGAUACAAGGAGAAAUUCAUCUGAAAGAGUAGGAAGUAGGGACCAGAAUGCAUUGCAGCAGUCAGAUUGUUUGGGUUUAGAGUAAGGGGUGAUUCCGUUUUGUCAAAUCAUUAAAUGUCAUCAUGAUCUCUGUCUUUACCUCCACAGGGGAAUGAUCACACUUUCAGACUGUUAACAUACAGAAAUGGAAGCAUGUAGACUCAAUGCUCCUUGCAGGGUUAAAAGGUGCAUUCUGGGAAAUGAAGGAAAUCAGAAACUGGUGUAGAAGGUGAUGCAGGUUGAGGAAAAGUGGGUAGCACAGUGAUUUUAGUCCUUAAACGUAUGAAUCUCUGACUCUGCUUUGUGGCUAUGAUCAGUCUACUAACCUGCCUGAUGACCUUUAACUUUUGACCCCUGCUCUGUAGUCAGAUAGUCACCUCAGUUCUAUCAAAUCACUAGGGGUAUCUUUGUUCAUUUCUUUUAAUUUAUAUGUAUUAAUUUACAUCAACAAAUGAAAAAGAUUAAAAUAUAUUUGA